UUUUUUUUUUUACAACAAAAACCUUGUUCAUAACCUAAAUCCCUAGAUCUGGAAAAUAUCUUUCGAGGGUCGGAAACCGUAGCCAGCCGCUCUUCUAAACCGUAACCAUGGAAGGAUCCACCGUGAAAGGGUUUGAAUUUAUCGAUAGUAGUGAUGCAUCAGACAUCCCAAGACAACGUGGGAUUAGCAGUAUUUGCGUCGAGGGAUUUGACACUUCGCUUUAUGCGUGUGAGGUCGAGCUUGCGUUGACAAAACACUUCUCUUCAUGCGGAAAGGUCACAUAUGUUAAUGUCCGCAGAAACUAUGCAAAGGGUACCCUCCACAGACAUACCUACAUCAAUAUUUACGGAGAAGGUGCCCUAGAGAAGGCGUUGCAACUUAGUGGAAAAAAAGUGGUGGGAGCUGGAUGGCGUGUAUUCGCUAAGGAGGCACUGAUGACGGUGUGUGCGGGAGAUCCUCAUCAUACUGCUGAGUCAAUCAAACACGUUCGUUCAGAACGCACUCUGGUAGUCGAGGGAUAUGACACUUCGCUCCCUGAGAUUGAUCUCCAGAUCGGGCUGACUAAAUACUUCUCUUCAUGUGGAGAGGUCAACCGUGUUACGGUUCCGGCCUGGAAAGCUUUCGUUUCUAUUCGGGGAGAAGGCGCAGUAGAAAAGGCCCUGGAACUAAGUGGACGUGACGUGGGAGGAUGGAAUAUUACAGUUGUUCGUGUCUUGCCGCCAUUGUUAGCCAAAAAAAACUUCCCAACAUCCAGUCGUUCUCAUCCCAGCAACAAGAUCCGCCCCCCAGUUUACCUCAACCUCGGCGCCCCAAUUGCGAAGCGGAAUCAGAAGACCAAGGAGGAGAGUUCUCUUUCAUGGGAGUAGGAGGAGACUAUGUUUGGUGUUUUAAACUCGUGAUACACAUAAAAGUGUUCAGCCUCCUUUCUUUCUCCAUAAUUAUCACUUUCGGUUUUCUUUUGUUUUUGUGUGGAUGUUAACAGCAAUAAUCAUGGUACCAGCCUUCGUUAUUUACCUCAAUUAGUAUUGUAUUGUAUGAUGAUCUCUAUAAAUAUAAUCAUAUUAUCUGCCUUA